GCCCUCUUCCCCCACAGGCUCAGCGCCACACGCACACGCACACGCACGCACGCGAGGAUGUGCACGCAGCGUUCUAGCUUACAACAGCUCCACCCCGCCACGUGAGGCAGGCCACGCGCGUGCACUCAAGGCCUUCUUGGAGUAGUGGAGGUGUGUGGUGGUGGCGGCGGCGGGGGCGGCUGGUGGAGCAGGCGGAGGAGGAGGAGGGGGAGAGGAGGAGGAGGAGGAGGGGGUAGAGAAGGAGGAGUGGUGUAGGGAGUGUUAGUGGGAGUGACCAACCCGUGUGAAGCGUGACAGUGGUGGUGGUGGUAGUGGUGGUGAUGGUCUUGUGGUGUUGAGAGUAGAGGAAAAUCAUAAGUUCCAGACCCUGACAAGUCGUAGUGUUAUUUGGUGUUGGAAAUAAAAAGGAAAUAAGGUGAAAAAGCCUCUGGUGUUGUGGAGGUGAAACAAGUCAACACCAACGGAACAGAUCCAGCAUACCGCAGUGGUGUUGAGCUGGUGUUGAAAAAAGCCGGUGGUGAGUGUCUUGGUGGUGCGGUGCUGAGGAAGGCGCCGCAGUCACCUAGUCUCCGCCCCUCGGCCCUGGACUGGUGCUGAAAAGUCCCCUCCGGAUCUCCCCCACAGCCCCGAUCUUCCCGCCCUCGCUCCUCCUCCCCGGCAGCAUGCGGGAGUUCAAGGUGGUGGUGCUGGGGUCGGGCGGGGUCGGCAAGUCGGCCCUGACGGUGCAGUUCGUGUCGGGUUGCUUCAUGGAGAAGUACGACCCCACCAUUGAGGACUUUUACCGCAAGGAGAUCGAGGUGGACACGUCUCCCUGCGUCCUGGAGAUCCUGGACACGGCGGGCACGGAGCAGUUCGCCUCGAUGCGUGACCUCUACAUCCGCAACGGGCAGGGCUUCGUGGUGGUGUACUCCAUGACCAACCACCAGACCUUCCAGGACAUCAAGGGCAUGAAGGAGCAGAUCACCCGCGUCAAGAACACCGACCGCGUCCCCAUCCUGCUCGUGGCCAACAAGGUGAGUCCAUGACCUAUCCUGACCUUG